CUCUCUUCCUAAACCCUCUAUUUAUUCCCCUCUUUUUUCCUCAACUCAACUCAAUUCAAUUCCCCUUCUUUCUCUCUCCUCUAAACCCUCCAUUUCUCCCUCUUCAACAUGAAAAUGGCAUUUGGUACUAUUUUCUUAGUGGGGUUGCUCUUAUUUUUCUCAAUUGCUGAUGCUUAUCGUGGCGGAGGUGGUUGGAUUAACGCUCAUGCCACUUUUUACGGUGGCGGUGACGCUUCCGGCACCAUGGGUGGAGCGUGUGGGUAUGGAAAUUUAUACAGUCAAGGGUAUGGAACUAAUACAGCAGCACUAAGCACAGCAUUAUUCAACAAUGGAUUAGCGUGUGGUUCGUGUUACCAAAUUAUGUGUGUUAAUGACCCUAAAUGGUGUCUAAGAGGCUCAAUUACCGUUACUGCUACUAAUUUCUGCCCUCCUGGUGGAUGGUGUGACCCUCCUAAUCACCACUUUGAUCUCUCUCAGCCUAUUUUCCAACACAUUGCUCAAUAUCGAGCCGGUAUCGUCCCUGUUGCGUAUCGCAGGGUGCCUUGCCGGAGAAGGGGAGGUAUAAGGUUCACAAUCAACGGGCACUCGUACUUCAACUUGGUGUUAGUAACCAAUGUCGGUGGUGCCGGGGAUGUACAUGCAGUUGCAAUUAAAGGGUCAAGAACACGUUGGCAACCAAUGUCAAGAAAUUGGGGGCAGAAUUGGCAAAGCAACAAUUAUCUCAACGGGCAGGCUCUCUCAUUCAAGGUCACCACCAGUGAUGGUCGUAGUGUUGUUUCCUUUAACGUUGCCCCUCCUAAUUGGUCUUUCGGGCAGACCUAUUCGGGUGCCCAAUUCCGCUGAGGGCCGAAAAUUUUACGUAAAAUGACAUUUAUGUCCUUUUGCGUGUGGUCUUGAUUGAACCUUAAGUAUAUAUACGGACUACGGAGUACUUUUUAUAUAGUUUUAAUUAGGGUUUAUUUACUAAGGUCAGUAUUUUAAUUUUAACUGACCUAAAUAUUUUCUACAGUACUUUUUUUAAUGGGGUUAAAAUGGGAAAUUGAAGCUUAUUUUAUGAGGCUUCUUUCUUAAACUACCCCUGUUUUUUUAGGGUACCCCUUUAUUUUGAGAGUGACUUUUGUAACUGUUAAGAUUUGUGGAAUAUUUCCUCCACAGGCUGUGGUGGAUUUUUACCGCCCGCCUUCUAGUAUUUUGUCUUUUUUUUCUUCUUCUAAGUAAGAAGUAGGGUUUAUUGUCCUUUGAAAAUUGAUGUGUGUAUGAAGUGUGAUUAUUGGAGUUCUAAAUGUUAUUUAUGCGAUUGUUGGACUCUAUAAGUGUAAAUUUAAGCUAUUUUCAGUUCUAAUGAGAAUUGUGUUACUACGACCUGUAUAACAAAUUAAACUUUGUUUUAUUA